CGCGUUGCUGUUAGGUACUCGGCGGCUGAAGCCUCACGACUCGAGUGUGCCGAAUCCCAUGUAAAGCGUUUCCGUAUAGCGCCUACCACCGGUUUACAUUUUAUUUGAACUUCAACUGUUUUGUGUUUUUUUAUUUUUUGUUGUUGUUACCUUGUGCUAAGUGUUGGAAGAAAGCAGAAUAAGCAGCAGUUGACACAAAGUCAACAACCGGCGUGAUUUGUUGCAGUUGCUUCAAUUUGUUGCUAUCAAAGCAAAAAGAAUUCGAAUUGCGUGUGUCAAAGACCUUAGAUUGAUCAUCUUAAUACGCAACUCUACUGCAGAUCAGUUCGGGUGCGGGUAGAUUGAGCUGAGAUCAGUGAAUGGCGAUCAUGGCGCUGUUCCCGCCCAGAAGAGUGUGGGCAACUAGAAGCUUUAGCCUGCUGCUGUAUGGUCUGAUGCUCUGCGGCCUGCCACAUUUGGAAGCACUCGAAGAGGGCGAUCCAUGUACGCUGAAGGGCAAUCUGCCGGGCGUCUGCCAGGGCGCAUCCGAAUGCGAGCCGCGCAUCAAAAAGUAUAUCGAAACGAGGAGAUUAACCGUUAAUGAUAUACCCACCUGUGGUCUUGGCUUGCGCGAGGAGAUCGUUUGCUGUCCGGUUAGCGAAUGCUGUGGCGAUGAUCAGCGCCAAAGUAGCAGCUCAGUGAAAAUUUUGGCAACGUCGAAGCCGGACAGCGAACUGUCCGCUUGGCAGAAUGCGGGUUCUCAUAGCAGUAUCGAAAUAACCACCGGCAGGCCAACAACACGCAACACCCUAUCGCCAAGUAAAGCUUGGAUAUUAAGCAUGUUAAAACCGAAAGUGGAUCCCCAUUUGGGAUUUUAUGACUUGAACGAGAUGCUGCAUAGCAAGCAAAAGCCACUGCAACCGUCAGGUGAUGGAGAUGACCAAUUUCAACGGCUGCCCAUGCCAACCAAUACCAUCAAUGAAGGCAAAUCAGGUGGAGGGUCUAACACGUUGACUACGCACAUGGGUCCCGUAGACCCGCCGACUGUUUCCAGUGGCCAGCGACCAAUACCAUCUCCACAUGAACAUGAUCACUCUCGCAAUACCAUAUUUACACAUAACACACGACCCACUCAACAGUGGCCGGCGCCAAGCCGAGAGUCAAGGAUCAUAAACAGACCGUUUGCGAUUCAGCCCCAAACUAAUACGCAGGCACAGCAAAAUGCUAUAGGUGUACAAGAAUCGGUUCAAGGAUCCAACUCAAAUGCUGCGAUUAAAUUUGAGGCCGACGGGCGACCUUCCUGGCCGUUUGUGCCAGAAAACCCAGUUCGUUCUCGAGAAAGACAAGUAGAUAAGAGCAGCGAUGAAUGGAAUUGGACAGAGACCACACCGAAAUCACCUGAGCAACGCGAUCCCUUAACCCGUACUGAUGUACCGCGGCCAGCUGUGCAAGCUUGUCGCCUUAUUGAGAAACGCGAAGUGGAGGAGCCUUUGACUAGCCACAUUUUGGGUGGUAUUCCGGUGGACCCAGCUUAUUAUCCGCACAUGGCGGCAAUUGCGUUCAAUGAGUUAGGUAAUAUACGAUUUGGUUGCGGUGGUUCGCUGAUCUCAACUCGCUUUGUCCUGACGGCUGCUCAUUGUGUCAACAGUCAGGAUCAAAUACCCGUCUACGUGCGACUUGGAACGGUGGAUAUCGCGAAUGUCGGCGCACACUAUCAGGACAUUAACGUAACGUCAAACAUCAGAGUUCAUCCGGAAUAUUUGAGCACCAGCAAGUACAAUGACAUUGCCAUAUUGGAGCUGGCCGAAGAAGCCAAGCUAAAUAACUAUACGUAUCCGGCGUGCUUGGAAACGGAUCUAGCUGAUCCACCGGAAAACGCGAACCUCUAUGUGGCGGGCUGGGGUAUAAUGAAUAAGACCACUCGACGCACUUCGAAGAUAUUAUUGCGUGCCCCGCUCACUGUGGUUCCGUUGGAUAAGUGCAACGACAGCUUUUCCGAGCAGCCGAGUAGUCAGCGAUAUCUGAAAAAGGGCAUCAUCGAUACGCUGCUGUGUGCGGCCGACGUCAUUCAAGGGGAGAAGGAUGCCUGCCAGGGCGACUCCGGUGGCCCCUUAGUGCUAGAACGGGACAAACCGAACAAUAAGUACAGCAUUAUGGGUGUCAUAUCAUCGGGCUUUGGCUGUGCAACACCCACGCCGGGCUUGUAUACACGAGUCGCGUCCUUUUUGGAUUUCAUCGAAGGAAUUGUAUGGCCAAAUGGAUUUGCUUGAAAGAACUGAUAUUAAAGGAUCUUCAAUUUAUAACAAUAAAUUCUAAGUAAAUCGAUUUUAAAUACAAAGCUUACAUAAUU